AUGUUUGGUCAAAACAAAACGUUUGGAUCGAGUUCAUUUGGAUCGACAUCGACGACCGGCGGAAGUUUGUUCGGUAGCUCGAACCAGAACAAAUCGAGCAUUUUUGGUUCAAGCUCCGGAACAACUAACACCGGUGGCGGGCUCUUCGGAAGUGCUAAUAAACCUGCUGGUUCCUUAUUUGGUGGUAAUACCCAACAAUCAACAAGUAUUUUCGGGUCUCCUCAACAGCAAAACACAGGAUCAUCGAUUUUCGGUUCGAAUCAAAAUAAAUCCAUCUUCGGUUCAUCUACUACAAACACGGGAAGUACAUUGUUCGGAGGAUCUUCAUCUUCAACUAACACUGGCGGCUCAAGCUUGUUUGGCAAUAGUUCAAAUCAAACAACCGGGGGGCUCUUCGGCGGUGGAUCGGUGGUCAAUGGAACAACUAUCAAAUUUGAGCCACCUGUUGGUCAGGAUACCAUGAUGAGGAAUGGAAGUACACAAAGCAUUUCAACUAAGCAUAUGUGCAUCACUGCAAUGAGCAAAUAUGAUUCGAAAAGCAUAGAAGAAUUGAGAAUCGAGGAUUAUAUUGCAAAUCGCAAGACUCCUGGAUCAGGAACAACAACUGGCGGUGGUUUGUUCGGAGGAGCGUCGACUACGACUCAAUCUGGAGGACUGUUCGGCUCCAACACUCCACAAAAGUCGUUAUUCGGAAGCACAAAUACGGCCUCGCCUUUCGGAUCGGGAAACAAUAAUGCAGGAUCAUCGAUUUUUGGUAAUACUAGCAACCAACAAUCAGGAUCACUAUUUGGAUCAAAACCGGCAACUGGCGGAUUAUUCGGAUCGAAUACUGGAACUUCAACUUUUGGACAAACCAAUACUGGCGGCUCGUUAUUUGGAAACACUCAGCAACAGUCAGGUGGAAGUCUUUUUGGAAAUAAUUCUCAGCCGCAGCAGCAGACGGGUUCUCUUUUUGGAAAUACGUCGAAUACUGGUACCAGUUUGUUCGGGGGACAACCUCAGCAGUCUGGGUUCAGCUUUGGUGGAAGUGGAACGACUUUUGGACAACCUGCAGCUAGUAAUGCCGGAACAAGUCUGUUCGGAAAUACAAAUACACAAGCCGCAGGUACUUCAUUGUUUGGAAGCAAACCUGCAACAUCAGGAUUUGGAUUUGGUAUUACUGCUACGACAACUACAAAUAAUGCGUUUGGUCAACCUGCCGCUUCGGGCAGUUUAUUCGGAUCAACGGCCACAAAACCAGGCGGACUCUUCGGAAAUACGAAUACUGGAACAACUGGAACAUCUUUGUUCGGGUCGCAACCAGCAGCAAACACUGGUACCGGAUUAUUCGGAUCGACCACACAGCCUGCAAAUUCAAUUGGCGGUUUUGGUUUAGGUGCUCAGCAACAGGUUGCUGUCGCUCAGCCACAGGUAGCUCCAGUUCCAGUCAUCGGAGUUACUGCUGAUGUUCUCCAAAUGCAAGCGAACAUGAAGUCGUUGCAAUCCCAGUUGACAGCUGCACCAUACGGUGAUUCGCCUCUUCUAAAGUACAAUGCGAGCUUAAAUGAAGGGGAAACUGGAGAUGCUGCAAGUGCCAAGAGACAAAUCAGAUUCCUUGCCGCGAAAAAGGCUGGAAGCGAUGUUAAAGAAAAAUCUUCGUUCAUUUCAAAUAGCAUUAGCAAAGUAAUGGGCGAUCUGUCACCGGCUGUUAACAAUAAGAAGUCGUCUGAUGUUACCAACGAUCUUAACUACACUUCAAAGGAAGCUCCGCCUACUCUUGGACGAGGUCUUCGCACGUCUGCCACAAAUAAUACUUCAAUUAUUGGAAAUACCAGCCUCAAUGAUACAAGUGUUGUUAAUAGAACUUUGGACACCGCUCUUGAAGCUUCGUUGAAUGGUUCGUCAAACCGUCUUGGUGUCCGUGGCUCAGUGCGCAAAUCGAACUUAAAACAAUUGGAUCUGUCCGUGCUUUCUGAUGCUUCGAAAUAUACUCUGAAUGUAGCGGCUGAGGCGAAUGAUCCUGAUGCGCUUCCACUUUUGCAAAAUUCUGCUAACAACGAGCCAUCUGUUGAAACACCUCAAAACCAUCCGAUUCGAAAUGUCAUCGAACGCCAACAAGAUCGCGAUCGUCAACCACCUGCGUUGAAUCUUGAUGAGACAUCCGACGAGACUUCGAUGAACAGAUCUGCUAUUACCACUUCAGCAACCUCUGUUGUUACAGCUCAGACAUCGUUGAGUGACAAUGAUAAAUCAAUUUGCGGUGUUCGAUUGACCAAGUCUGAUUAUUUCACAAUCCCAUCUAUCGCGGAAAUGCGCUCGCUUGUCAAGGACGGGGUUGUUGUAAUUGAAGAUGGUUUAACAAUCGGAAGAUCUUCAUAUGGAAGUGUGUUCUGGCCAGGAAGAAUCGAGCUCAAAGAUGUUGUUCUUGACGAGAUUGUCAUUUUCCGUCACAAAGAAGUUACCGUUUACCCCAAUGAAGAUGAAAAACCGGAAGAAGGACAAGGAUUAAACAAGCCAGCUGAAGUUACUCUCGAGCGCGUUUGGUAUACUGACAAGAAGACGAAGAAAGAGAUCCGCGAUGUGGUUGAACUCGCUGAACGCGGAUGGAGAGAGCACCUCGAACGUCAAACUAUUCGUAUGGGAGCGUCUUUCAAGGACUAUCGUCCGGAAACUGGAAGUUGGGUGUUCCGUGUUGAACAUUUCAGCAAAUAUGGAUUGGCUGAUGACGACGAUGAGCCAAUGGAUGUUGCUCCACCAUCCGAAAACCAACCACUUCAACCGAUUAAUAUGAACACUUCACCACGCGAUGUUCAAAGCCAGGUUCAACGACAGCGUAUUCGCAAAGUCGAUAACAACCGCGAGUUGGAUGUUUCCUCGCAGCAAAUAGCAUCGGAUUCUGAAAUCGCGGUACUUCCGCCACUGCCGCCUCGUGCGAAUCAUAUUGGUCUUGGAGGAGGAAUUGAUCAUGAUGCUCAACAACUUGCAAAUGUUACAAUCGAAUAUCAAGUUGAUGACGGAGAACAGCCAGAGAAGAAACCGAAAAUUGAGAUGUUGAUUGAUUUGGAAUAUGAGAGCAGCAAGUAUUUGAAGCAUAUCCUCGAUGUGAAGUCAAUUCCGAAAUGUGUUGAAGCUCAACAUCGUUUUACUGGCGGAAUUUCUGAGACGAAAACUAUUGGGUAUAAGAAAAGCAAAUAUAUCGACUUGGCUUUGGUGAAAGGAAGAAGCUGCCGCGUUGGAUGGAGUGCAAUGGGAACGAUUGUGUGCUCUGCGCAACCAGAGGAUAAUCAAAUUCUAUGGGGAACCGUCGAUAGAGGAUCGGAUGUUAAACAGGGAACCCUUCGUUCAAUGCUUCUUACAACGAUGAUGCUUUCUGAAUCGCGACGAAAGGGACCGCCGUCUACAGUCGGCGAGAAUGAAUAUGAAAAGUUGUCAUCGAAUUUUAUCGCUUACAACAGCAACUAUGAUGAUCUUCUUGAAACUUACUACACAAUCGCUUCCGAAGACGGCUAUGAAUCGCAUCGCCUUGUUUGGAAAUUGUGUUCGGCAUUGUUCCCGAAGAGUCGCGAUGGAGACUGGAUGUUCCAGCGUGGAGAGAAUGUUGCUGAAUGGCUGCAAAGCAUCACAAAAAUCCAUAAACGCAACGUGCCGAAUAGCGAUAAAGCUGGUAAAGUAUGGCAAGAACUCACAUUGGGCAACAAGAUGGCUGCCUUCGAAAUUGCGACUGAAGAGAACAUGCUUAACCUUGCUUCGUCUAUUUAUGCAUACAGCAUUUGCCCGGAGACGACGGUUCACUGCUACCGAAAACAGAUCGAGGUAUGGCAAGAGAAGAAUGUUCUUCAUCAUCUGGAACCGUCGCUACUCAAGUGCUAUCUUGUGCUUGCUGGAAUGUCGUACAAGGAAUGGUUGGUGAACGGCAAGAAACACACUAUCAACUGUUUGGAAGGACUUCAUUGGACGCAAGCGCUAGGAAUUCACAUGUGGUACAUUCGCGGAUGGAAAGGUCUUGAAGACGCUUAUGCCGAAUAUCGAGUUGAUGUUGAUGCGAAACGGGCACAUUCGAACACUGGUGAUUUGUACGGAGAACUUAUCAAAUUGGCCGUCGAAUCUCAACAUUCCGUCGAGGUUGUGCUUGACUGCGCUGCUGGAGAAUCGCCGCAUGAUCACUUUCUUAUGUGGCAUGUUUGGUGCAUUUUGCACAACGUUGGUUAUCGUACCAUGAGCAAAUCCGCGGAAACGCGGCUCCAUCGGUCCUACGCGGCGCAACUUGAAAACGCUGACUUGGUCAAAUAUGCGAUAUUUGUUCUUCAGCACAUUGAAAACGAUUCGGAAAGAGCAGGCGCUGUUCAAGCGGUGUUAGAAAGAGUUGCAAGCAGUUCAACUUCGGAAAGUCUCGAAGAACUCAUGAUGGACUGUUUCAUUCAACCAGAAUGGAUCGCAGAUGCGCAGUAUACGGCAUUUAAGUCGUUGGACGAUUCGGGACAAUUGUUCGAACUUGCACUUCGGGCAAAGAAUUUCAGAGAAGCUCAAAAUUUGUUCGUAAAUAGUGUCGCUCCGACAGCCAUUGUUAUCGGCGAUUUCGAGACAUUGAGAAUUGCGUGCCGACUGUUGAAACCAUACGAAAACUUGAUACCAGAAUGGGGUGCAAGAGGACAAAUCUACUCGGAAUUCUGCGAUUUGCUCAGACUGACACAAAACGACGAAGCCGACGAAGAUGUACAGAAUAAGAUUCGGAGUAUUGAAAAUCGGCUACAUGCGCCAAUUUUCAACACUUCUGUUCAAAAAAUCGCUCUGCAAACAAUUGCCCGUCAUCUGUUCGAAUAUCGCGUUGAAGCUGACGAAAUUCCCGAUUGGUCUCGUCUACUCGGACCACGCCAAACUCAGAAGAUCCUUCGAGAUAUCGCGCCAGCAGCCAACGGCCAUUUAACUAUUGAUUUUGAUUGA